ACACGCACACACCCCGCGGGCCCCGCAGCUCCCGCCCGGGCCGGAUCCGAGCCGCCGGGGCUGCCUCAUGUGACCGGGGCAGAGGAGGAGCCGGGGCGGCCGGAGGAGCUGCGGGAGGAGCGGCCGAGCCCCGCCGCCGCCGCCAUGCGGCCCUGGGCGCUGCCGCUGCUGCUGGGCGCCAUCGGGACCGGCGGGACCCCGGCGCGGAACGUGCUGCUGCUGCUGGCCGACGACGGCGGCUUUGAGAGCGGCGCCUACAACAACUCUGCCAUCCGGACACCGCACCUGGACGCGCUGGCCCGGCGCAGUGUGACCUUCCAGAACGCCUUCAGCUCCGUCAGCAGCUGCUCCCCGAGCCGGGCCAGCAUCCUCACCGGCUUACCGCAGCACCAGAAUGGGAUGUAUGGGCUGCACCAGGACGUGCAUCACUUCAACUCCUUCGAUGGCGUGCAGAGUCUGCCCCGGCUGCUCAGCCAAGCACGUGUGAGGACAGGCAUCAUUGGGAAGAAGCACGUUGGGCCUGAGGCUGUCUACCCCUUUGACUUCGCCUACACAGAGGAGAACAGUUCAGUCUUGCAGGUUGGGAGAAACAUCACCCGAAUCAAGGAGCUCGUCCGGCGGUUCCUGCAGAGCCAGGAUGAGAGACCUUUCUUCCUGUACGUCGCCUUCCACGACCCCCACCGCUGCGGCCACUCCCAGCCCCAGUUCGGGGCCUUCUGUGAGAAGUUUGGCAACGGAGAGAGCGGGAUGGGCUGGAUCCCUGACUGGAAGCCACAGCUGUACCACCCAGAGCAAGUGCAGGUCCCUGGCUUUGUCCCAGACACACCGGCUGCCCGGGCAGACCUGGCAGCUCAGUACACAACCAUCGGGCGCAUGGACCAAGGGAUCGGGCUGGUGCUGGAGGAGCUGCGCCACGCUGCCUUCCUCAACAGCACCCUGGUCAUCUUCACCUCUGACAAUGGCAUCCCCUUCCCCGGUGGCAGGACCAACCUCUACCGCUCAGGCACCGCCGAGCCGCUGCUCAUCUCCUCCCCCGAGCACCCUGAGCGCUGGGGGCACGUCAGCCAGGCCUUUGCCUCCCUCCUAGAUGUGACGCCGACCAUUCUGGACUGGUUCUCCAUCCCCUACCCUUCGUACAGCAUCCUGGGCGGGAGGCGGGUGCAGCUCACCGGGAAGUCUCUGCUGCCAGCGCUGGAGUCGGAGCAGCCCUGGGCCACGGCCUUCAGCAGCCAGAGCCACCACGAGGUGACCAUGUACUACCCCAUGAGAGCCAUCCAGCACCAGCAGUUCCGCCUCGUUCACAACCUCAACUACAAGAUGCCCUUCCCCAUCGACCAGGACUUCUACGUCUCGCCCACCUUCCAAGACCUGCUGAACCGCACCAGGGCCGGGCAGCCGACGCACUGGGACAAGACCCUGCACCAGUACUACUACAGGGCUCGCUGGGAGCUGUUCGACUGCAGCCGCGACCCAGCCGAGAGGCAGAACCUGGCGCCCGACCCCAGCUACGGCCCCGUCCUGCAGCGGCUCCGCACGCGGCUGCUGCAGUGGCAGCGGGACACGGCUGACCCCUGGCUCUGUGCCCCCGACGCCGUCCUGGAGGAGAAGCUGAGCCCCCAGUGCCAGCCGCUGCACAACGAGCUGUGAGCAUCCCUCUGCCUGGCACAGGGCACGAGGGGAGCUGAGCAGGGUCCCUGGGUGACCUCUGCAUGGCAAACAGCGCCUGGCCCUGGAGCGCUAGGGGACCUUUGUGCCUUCCUUUUCAUCCAGAGGAGCUGUAGGACCAAGCUGCUGCUCAAUAAAGCCUCUGGAGGACA